AUGGAGUCAAGAAAAGAUACCACUAUGUUAAAAGACUAUUUGAGAACGGUGCACAAAAAGUUGAUGGCACUCAACUUCUACGCAUCCCCGUCAUCCGACUUGUGCAAAGAGCAGACAGGGCGAUGGGCAACUCGACUCUAUCUCGUCCUAUUACUUAGCUUCACCGUCGUUUUCACUUUCUACUCCUCGCUUACCUACAACAUAGAAACGGUAAUUAUUCAGCAACCGACCCUGGACACAUUUCUGGCUCUUCAAUCGGCUGGCAAACAAAGUUUGUCCUGUCCGUGUAAACAGAUCUCCAUUUUGCGAUCUUCGAUGAUUUCAUUCGCACCAAAGUUUCAUCAAUUCUGCUCGUCGGACUUUCUAUCCGACCACUGGUUUAACUUCUUGACUGCUAUUGAAAUAUUGAAUAUAUCAUCAGACAAGAACAACUGGCGCUGGGGCAUUUUAGUUAGAUUUCGCUUUUUGGAGGCAAUGUGCAAUUUCACAGCCAGCAUUGUGAACGAUGCUGUACGCACAUUUGGUCAACAAUCGUUCGUAACAGCAGCCGCUCUCGAUCCAGCCGUAUUCGAUUCUCAGACAACUCUCCUUACUCGUGCAUUAGAACAUGACACGGCCACCUCAUUUUCUCGUGCAUUGGAUCUAAUUAUCAUCAAUAAGCGUUUUGAACAAACACUAAACGUUUACAAGACCAACGUCAACUUACAAUUCAAUAAUUACUUUGUUAGUAUGUCUCCAAUGUUGUACAACAAUAAUACAUGCGAAUGUGCUAAAAAGGCGACCUGCGUUGAACAAACCCCACUCGCUAUCAACAACAAUAUCGUCAUGCUGGUGCCUGGCUGGUACAUGGGAUGCUUUAUAAUCGAUUCUCUCAUGCAAUCCACGUUCGAAUGUUACUAUAAUCAAGAUUGUAUUGAUUCGAUCUAUGCAGCUCAUCUAAUUUCGAAUUGGGGUCUCAUACAAUGGAACAUCACCGCACCACGUUCUCGACCAUUAGAUGCUACUCGUGCAACAAUGAGCCGCUUUCCAUUAAAUGCGACCAUAGGUGAUUGCAUAGGUAAGCUACUCGUCGAGAACUGGCACGUAGAAACUCACUUUAAGCCAUACUAUAAAGAGUGUCAACCUAUUCAAUGUUUCUACACUGAAAGAGUUCGCAAAAAUUUCAUCACGAUUGUCACAACGAUCAUUGCCGCGCUCGGUGGAUUGAGCACAGCGCUUAAUAUUCUGGUGCCCAAUACUGUUCGAUUUUUGCGUGGUCCCAUUCCAAAAUUUUUCUCAAAACUUUAUCCCAAAAUCCGUCGACGACGUAUCAGAGUGUCUACGGUCGAUACCGUCGCUCAUUCACUAUAG